ACUUGGCAGCACUAAACACACCGAGGAAAACAAGACGAAACGUGUUUUUCUCGUCUGCACGUCAAAUUUCGAAGAAACGGAAGAAACGCACUCAAAUUAGGAGGGUGUUUUAAGAAUUUGGAGGGAAAGCACCUCUAGUGCAUGCUGCCACGCUGUCAUUUUCGGUUUCACACUGACAGAAACCAGGACGAUGUCGAAGGCACACGUGUUUGAUUCUCGAGAGAGGACUCGGGACGUCCAGAUAAACGAAGAUGUCACCUUUGAGGGUCUCAUACUGUCCGAGAGCACCCUGAAAGGAUUGAAGGCAUCAGGGUUUGAAAGGCCGUCGCCAAUCCAAUUGGUCGCUAUUCCUCUGGGGAAAUGCGGAUUUGACUUGAUUGCUGAGGCCAAAUCAGGAACAGGAAAGACUGUGAUGUUUGGAGUUACUGCCUUGGAAAUGCUGCAGCUGCCAAGUAAAAGCCUACAGGUGCUGAUUUUGACCCCGACCAGAGAGAUCGCAGCCCAAGUGGGCGAUGUCCUGUCCAACAUUGGCAGCGGCCACAAGGGCUUGAAGGUGGCAGUUUUCAUAGGUGGGCUGCCCGUUGAGGAGGACCGGAGACGCGCCAAGCACUGCCACAUUGCUGUAGGGACGCCAGGCAGGCUGAAGCACCUGAUAGACGAUGAACUUCUGGACGUCAGCCACAUCAGGCUGAUCGUCAUUGAUGAGGCGGACAAACUUUUGGAGCCGUCGUUUGAACCAGACAUUGUACACAUUUUCAAAACGCUGCCUUUGAACAAACAAGUCAUUGCUGCCAGUGCCACAUACACUCCUGAACUGAAGGUCUUCCUGGAAGAUUUCAUGAGAAGUCCUAUUCGAGUCAAUCCUGAAGAGAAAUGCCUAGAUGCAGGUUCUGGGGUCCUGCUUGGGGUGAGACAAGUGGCAGCUCUUGUGCCCCAUGAAGUUAAUUACUUGAAUAAAAUGAAGAAGAAGAUUGAUGCCCUUGUUGUCAUUCUGUCCAGUGUCCCAUUCAAGCAGUGCAUCGUUUUCAACAAUUUCCACGGAGUAGUCGAGAAUAUUAGUGGGACUCUGAAUUCCAAGGGCUGGCCCACGGAAUUCCUGUCCAGUGGAAUAGACCAACCUGCAAGACUGAGAGUGAUCAAGAAGUUCUACGACUUCAAAUGUCGAGUGCUGCUCUCCACUGAUCUCGUUGCUAGGGGAAUUGAUGUGGCCAACGUCAAUUUAGUGAUAAAUUUUGACGUGCCAAUGACCUCUGCAACAUACUUGCACAGAGUCGGCCGCUCUGGUCGAUUUGGAACUGAAGGUUUGGCUGUGACCCUUGUGGAGGACAACAGCAAGGACCUAACAAGACUGAAGGGCAUGGUGCAGGACCUGCAAAUUCCCAUGCAAUUCUCGCCAGUGCAGAACCUUAUAGCUGUGCUCAGCGAGAAACCUGCAGAGACGACACAAGACUCUGCAUCAAAUAAUGCCAAAGAGGAGAGUGAUACUGAUUUGUCUGAUGAUGAGACCAAAGACAAUAAUGGUAAGGAAGACAGCAGCUCUGAUUCGUACAUUGGUGUCGACUCAUUGCCACCGGACAAUGAUAACAAGCUGCAAGAACCAAUAGUCGUGGAUGAGCUGGAGGUGGCCCUGAGGAAGGAGCUGACUGAGAUGUACAUCAGUGGAAAAAGUGACGUUGCUAGAACCCCUCCUCCAUCACCGCAAAAGCAGUCUCCGUUCAGGCGACUGCCGUUCUCAAGCCCCAGGAGCGACGGCUCCCCAAGGAGAGAAUACUCAGGGCGGGGUUACCACAAUAGAAACAACUACUCCCCGCAGCAGCAGCGCUCGCCCGGUUUCAGCACGUCCUCACUGUCCAGUAGCCCAUAUUCGUCCAACUGUUCGACGCCGCGCAAGGACUUUGGCACAGAGAAACUCGUGUCCAAUUUCGCCAAGUACUCAGACGAGCAACAUCGGCCGCAGGGAAAGGAGCCAACCAGCUUCACCGCGAGGAUGCUAUCGAGCCCGCAGCAGCAGUACUACCAGCAGCAGUUUGAGUUUGCUCUGCAUAACCUGAGCAAGGACGUGAGGAGCUACUUGCCACCGAAAGAGAUGCCAGUGCAAGGCUACGACGUGCUGGAGCAGGCGUGCAAGCAGUUUGACACAAAGGCCGUGUUCAACGCGGCCUUCGAGCGCAGUGAGCCAUACCUCAGCAGGACGGUCUACCGCUCCCUCACGCUUGGCAUGGGCAAGCGACUAGGGGUGCAGGUCAACCUAGCCAAACGCCACUUAGCCUUUAACGGCGGCAUCAAGGCCUACCUGAACAAGCUGGUCGAGGACUGCGAGCCGCAGGAGGAGGACCUGCCCACGUGGGAGCCAAGCCAGGAUGGAUUCAGGGUGAGCCGCGAUUGCUGGCUGUACGGAAAUGAUCACGUCAGGAGCAGCGAAGCAGAAGCACCAGCGUCUGAGGAGCCAGCCCCGAGGCGCAGAUUCCAGCGGCCACGACAGCAGGUGUUUGCAGAAUCCAGGGACGGUGUGCAUCUUGUGGUGCCUCCCGCGCCCCAGGAACACCACACUUUCACGUUCCCACACUUCCCGACGGAGCCUGGCGCUUCUCUCGCCACGUGGAAGGAGCAAGUCAAACUGACUACUUUUAUGAUUCACUACUCUGAGUACUUUAGGAUGAUGAACAAGAUAAAUUGAACUUUGUUUACUUAAAGGGAAUAAACUGUUUUGAAUACAA